AUGUCGAAAUUUGGUGUGUUGGUGAUGGGGCCUGCGGGCGCCGGUAAGACGACGUUCUGCAACGCCAUCAUCCAGCACCUGCAGACCACGCGACGGAGCUGUUUCUACGUCAACCUGGACCCUGCCGCCGAGAGCUUCCAGUAUGAGCCCGAUCUCGAUAUCCGCGAACUAAUCACACUCGAAGAUGCCAUGGAAGAGCUGGAGCUGGGCCCCAAUGGCGGGCUCAUCUACUGCUUCGAGUUCCUGAUGCAGAACCUCGACUUCCUCACCGAAGCGCUCGAGCCGAUCAGCGAUGAAUACCUGAUCAUCUUCGACAUGCCCGGCCAGAUCGAGCUGUACACGCACAUCCCCCUCCUACCGACCCUAACCAACUUCCUCAGUCGCCAGGGCCCUUUGAACAUUUCCAUGUGCGCCACUUACCUCCUCGAGAGCACGUUCGUCAUCGACAAAGCGAAAUUCUUCGCGGGCACGCUGAGUGCCAUGUCCGCGAUGAUCCUAUUAGAGAUGCCGCACAUCAAUAUUCUCAGCAAGAUGGACCAGAUCAAGGACACGGUGGGACGUCGCCAGUUGAAGAGAUUCGCCACCGUCGACGUCCAGCUGUUGCAGGACGCGGAGCAGGCAGAACAGCAGCAGGAAGAAGAAGAUCCAAGAGCAGACCCGUUGUCGAAGCACUCGUUGAUGAGUGGCGGGUCAUUCAACCGGCUGAAUAGAGCCGUUGGCCAGCUAAUCGACGACUUCAGCAUGGUUUCGUUCCUGCAGCUCGACGCACAGGAUGAAGACAGCGUUGGGGCGAUUUUGAGUCAUAUUGAUGACGCCACCCAGUUCCACGAGGCUCAGGAGCCGCGUGAACCAAAUGACGCACAGGACGUGGACUGGGAGGAUCCAGACAUUUGA